UUAGCGCCGAUUAGCAUUCGCACAUUUACUGCCGUCACGGCUAGUAUACAUCCAACGAGCGCUAGCAAGGCACCACCAAUCUGAAAGUACCAGCGACCAAAUAUAUCCGAAAGACGCCCGGCAAUAGUCAGUCCGAUGGCCUGCGUCAGAUUGUUUGACAGUGAAACCCAGACAAUGCUCUGAUCUGGGCCAAUGGAUGCGUCAAUGUUGCCCAGCACAGGCGCUAUGAGUGAGAAGCCACCAAUGGCCGCCAUGCUUGCGAGGCCAAUGGCAGCUAAGGAGCCAAUAAAGUUUCGAGAGAGGAAAUAGUGCCGAUUUGCAGCAAAGUCAGCCUUGGGCGAAGUCAUGCUGGUCGAUAGUAAGGCAGUUGUCUCGUCCGGCAUGUAUGUACUUGGCUUGCACACGCCCCUUUUUGCCUGUAUUAGGAUCUGCUUUUUGUUCCUCAAUAUCAUGAUUUCAAAGUAUUAUUAUUCUUUAUAAACCGCCGUAUGAAUUUCCCGAUUCGGGCUUUUCAAAUAUCGCCGACCAGGGUUCUCCUUUUCACCGGUAUUGCCUAAUGCAGCCUUGCCGUUGGAUCCCCCGCCUUUGCAACCUUGUCUGGAUUAAACCCUCAAAAGUAUUCUGUUUUUGCAUCUUGUCGCGUGAGCUACAAAAAAUACCAUUGGAAGUUAUCAACUUGUUGGUUAAUUGUUACAGCUAUGCAAUUCAAAGUGACUCUGGCCUGGCUAUGUGCCGUUCGUGUGGGAGCCGCGUCGUCACCUUGCGAUGUUGUUGAUCUCGGGUACACCCUUCAUGAGGGGUCUGAAUACACGAGUGGCAACGUCCAUUACUGCAACUUCACCAAUGUUCACUACGCCGCGCCGCCUCUUGGAUCACGCCGCUUCAAGCGCCCCGAGAUGCCUGGGAAGAACCGCACGACUCAGACUGCAGGUCCAUAUCCCAUCCAGUGUUUCCAGGCAACUCCAGGCUGGUUUGAGCUCGUGGGACAGUCAAUCGGCAAUAGAACGGACAUUCCAACCAUAACACCAGACGAUGUGCCCGCGGCUGGGAAGGGUGAGACCGAAGAUUGCCUGGUCUUAGACAUUCUGGCGCCCAAGAGCGUCCUCUCCAACAAGGCCAGUAAUGUUGCUGUGCUGGUGAAUAUCCACGGCGGAGGCUUCGUCGUGGGAUCCAAGACAUACAAUGGCCCAGGUAUUGGAUUCCUGGAGGCCGCUGCGAGAAACGGCAUCGAUUUGGUCUACGUGUCCAUCAACUAUCGCCUUGGCCUUUUCGGAUUCCUUGCCGGUGCCGCGGGAGACGGGAUCCCACAUAAUCUCGGGCUACUGGAUCAAAGGCUUGCCUUACAGUGGGUACAAAAGUAUAUUCACCACUUUGGCGGCAACGCAAACUCUAUCACCGUAACGGGUGAGUCUGCCGGUGGCGGCUCCAUAUUAUACCAUCUGGGGGCGGGUGAUGUCCCGUGGGCGUCCCUCUUCUCCAAGGCCAUUCCCCAGAGUCCGUUUGUGGCCUACCAGGCCCAAGAGCAACAGACCGAGACCCUGGGCCGUGUCCUGAAAGCAGCUAAUGUCUCCUCCCCCGCAUCUCUGAAGGGCAUGUCUAGUGAGGACUUGCGCGUUGUCAAUGGUGUUGCUGUUGGCAAUGCUCGCCCCUAUGGUACCUUUGCCUUUGGUCCUGUUAGAGAUGACGAUUUCUCUGCAUAUCCCCCAAAAGUUAUUUCUCAGUGGUCAGAUACCGACAGUAUUUCCAUGAUGCCAAGCUUUAAUUCAAAGGAGGGCGAAAUAUUUGCGUCGCCGUUUGUUAAAUCGUCCACUAAGUAUGAAGAAUAUCUGGCUUCCCUCUUUCCUGAACUCUCUGAUGACGGAAUGACCACAGUUACCAAGGAGCUGUAUCCCGCAGACUUCUCUGGCCGCUAUGGCUACAAAGACAAUGUUGGUCGACUGGCUCAGACAUUUGGCGAUGCUCUCAUCGUUUGCAGCGCGUAUAGUGUGAACUUGGCUGCCCAAAGACUCGGCCACAGCUAUGCCUACCAGUUCUCCGUGCCUCCCGGUGUACAUGGCGAAGACUUGGAGUACAUCUUCUACGAUUGGCAUUCCUCAGGAUCGCAUAUCAACACUACAAUGGCCAAAUAUCUUCAGACCUACAUGACUAACUUUGCAGUCAAAGGUCAGCCCGACGCUGAGCGCAGUGGAUGUGCUGAUCUGCCAUCGUUCCCCCCAGCACACGAUCUGACACUGGAAAAUCUGAAUUCGACAAGCAUCAAGCCUCUUGAAAAGGAUAAGCUGUAUGCAAAGCGUUGCGAGUGGUGGAUUCAGGGACUCGUCCAAGGUUAGACUAUAUGAUCAUGGCGUUCUACAUUUUGCAUAUCAGUGCAUAUCAUUGGCAUAUAAUCAUCGCUGAUUACAUUUACACUAUAUAGUUUACAUAUUUUACAUUCAAUUUAUAACAAUUAUCUGAGAAUCAAACAUA